AUGUCUGCCAUGGCAGCUACACAUACUCACGUCGGGAUGAACCCUAACAGGAUACGACCAACCGAAGAUAUCUUUAAUGCCGACGAUCCGCAUAUUCGCGAGGCAAUAGAUAUUAUCCGCAUGAUAAUGCAGUAUCUCUCAGAUGAAGGCUAUUAUGCUUCGCAAAUGACGAUUCAAGACGAGUCAAAUGUGAAGUGGCAUGAGCGGGAGGAAAACACACACGAGACGCGUCGCUUGAAGAAAGCCAUUAUUGAUGGAGAAUGGGCUGAAGUUGACAAGAUCUGUUCAAAACCACUGUUCAAAAACCAAAAGAGCUUCUUGUUUGCGGUAUACAAGCAGCAAUACCUUGAAUACAUUGAGCAUCGUGAGAUGCAAAAGGCGUUCACAUUUCUUCAAAAGCGCCUCAAACCUCUGGAGCAGCACCAGAAAACACCGAUCGAAUUUAAGGACCUCUGCUAUCUCCUCACUACAAAAUCUAUCCAUGAUGCACCAUCCUUCAAGAAUUGGGAAGGUAUCGCACAAGGCAGAGACAGGCUUGUCGAGCAAUUCCAGAGCAUGCUUGAUGUCGAAAACUCUGUAAAGGAUGGCUCAGUGUAUGUCCCGCCCAACCGUUUGCUCAACUUACUUCGUCAAGCCGUUGCAUACCAGAUCGAAGUUUCCCGGUAUCACCCACGGAUUUCACCCAUUGUUGAAACACUCCUUCAAGAUUUUUCGCCUUUUGUCAUCCCAAAUGCAACCAGAACAAUCAUGCAGGGCCACCGUGGAAAUGUAAAAUGUGCAGAGUUUGUGGGCAUCGAAGGCCGCUCUAUCGUUUCAGGGUCUAGCGAUAAUACUCUACGCGUCUGGGACACAGAAACAGGAAACUGUCUUCAUAUCCUAGGGGGACACUCGUCCAGGAUAUGGGACGUCUCAUCUAAUGAUGCCGGUACAACCAUCGCCAGCGCUAGUGGUGAUUCAACAGUCAAGAUCUGGGAUAUCAAGGGGUCUAAAGCAUCUUGUCGUGCUACUCUGACUGGCCAUUCUGGUGACGUAUACACUGUCAAAUAUGGUCCUUCUAAUAACUAUGUUGUAUCUGGUGGAUACGACAAGAUUGUUCGACUGCAUGACUUGGCGACUGGACAGGUUAUAAAGACCUUUAGUGGGCACCAACUUGCUGUGUCCAAAGUCAUUCUCAAUCCUAUUGGUAACCUGAUCGUUAGUGGAUCUAAAGAUAAUACGAUCAAAUUCUGGGACUUGGUAUCAGGCGUUUGUAUUAAGACGAUCACAUCACACCUUGGAGAGGUCACGUCAGUGGCCAUGAACUCGAAUGGUACCCUUCUCCUUAGUAGCUCUAAAGAUAACUCUAAUCGUCUUUGGGAUGUCCGUAUGACACGUCCACUCCGGAAGUUGAAGGGCCACCAAAAUACGUCAAAGAAUUUUAUCCGUGCAGGAUUUGCUCACAACUCAUUGUUAGUAGGAGGGUCCGAGGAUGGCCUCGUGUACAUUUGGGAUCAAGAGUCUGGCGACAUUCUCCAGAAGUUACAGGGACAUGAGGCAAUGGUUUAUAACGCCGUAUGGUCACCGAAGCAGAGCAUGUUUGUGAGCUCUAGUGAUGACCGAACAGUCCGGACCUGGUAUUAUGAUGGUAUAGUUUUUUCUGUUUUCAAAAUAUACUUUUAG